AUGACAAGAGAAAUGCUUGCCAUCACGAUUGUGUCCAUAGGCCUCUUAUUUCUCUCAAGUACAGUAGAGCCAUAUGAACGGCCCUUUAAUGUAAACGACAGGUCAAUAUCUAAGUCGUAUUUAUACCACGAUACAAUAACAUUUGUAGAGAUUGCAGCCAUAUCUAUUCUUGCACCUCUUGGAAUUAUGUUUGGAACUUUUCGGAUCAACAUAGUAAAGAGAGUUGAUGAGAUAUACUUUUAUAUGUCAUUUCUAGUGGCUUGUCUCUUCACAUCCGCCAUUGUUGAGAACAUGAAGAAUGUUGUUGGAAGACUCAGACCUGAUUUUUUGGACAGAUGCAUUCCUGUUGGAGGAAAGUGUACUGGAGAUCCCUCUAUUGUGAUGGAGGGAAGAAAGAGUUUCCCGUCUGGACACACCUCGAUUGCUGCAUGUGGGUUUAUGUUUCUAGCUUUCUUCAUAUACAAGGAGCUUAGUCUUCCCGAACUUAGAGCAAAGGUGAACCGGGGGAUUGUUUUUAUGCUUUACUCUCUAUUUUUAAUGGUUCCUAUUGCUGUGGGAGCAAGCCGUGUGAUAGAUAACAAGCACUUUGCCUCUGACGUGGUAGGAGGGGGAAUUAUUGGAGCUCUUGCAGGAAUUGCAAGGCUCAAGCACCUUGAAACAACAAUUGUGGCGGAAAGAUACAAGAGGAACGAAGGGUAA